CUGAUGAUAUUAUUUGUUUCCAGUUGCAGGCGUCUGCCACCCAGCAGGCCUUUGUGUUGAAUCAAGCACUAACAACAUGCAGAGCGACGCCAUCCAUCCAGCAUCCGGUUUGGGCUUCUGUAAACGAGAGACAAUAUAAAUCCAUGCCCACGCACGGGAUCGGGAGGUGGAGACAUCUUUUACCCAAAGAUCCGCCAAAGAAGAAGAGGGACAGGCAGCAGAUGAAGGAGAUCGUCGUGGAGACGGAGACGACGUACGCCACUCUGAACGUCAACGUGUCGGGUUACGACAUGACGGUGGUGGAGCAUUUCUCCCAGCACAUCCACAACCUCUGCAACCGGCUGGGCAUCAAAGUGUUGGACUG